AGAGACACGCUGUGCCCCCCAACAGUGUCCUGACAAUGGCAGUGAAUGGUUGCCCACCGCGGUCACUGGGACAGUCAAAGCACACCGCCCCCUUUCUCGCGGGCACGUCAUCCUCCUAACUAGGCGUUAUGAAUAGGAGAGCCGCUUUUGUCUGUCCGCACGUAUAAAUACCCACUAUCAGUGUCCUCCUCACCGCAGAGUCACCGAGACACGCACACGGAGAGAAAGUCAGCGGCGGCACAAGCGAGGCGCUCACCGAUGUGAUAAGAGGGGACAAGAGCGCAGGACAGGAGGAAUACAGUCAACAUCAGGUGACCAGAGACACCAAAGGCUCCAGAAACGGAGAGUCAGAGAGAGAGGAGGAGAGAGUGAAAGUGAGAGAGAGAGGGAGGAAGCCAGCAGCGACCUCCUACCCAACAACCUCGGAAGCAAACCCAUAAAAUGAAUUCAGACUCCAGCCCGAGCAGCAGAGCCUCUUCUCCGGACAUGGACAGCAUGUUUCUACGAGAACACCUCCCGCAUCACCACCACCACCACCACGUCGGCUCCUCCGUGUCCUCCUCCACGCAGGGCGUAGAGCACCUGCGCCAGAAGAUACCCGGCGGCGAGCACCUGCGGUCUGCAAACGCCAAGUCACCGUCCGUAGAAAGCAGCAGCAGCAACAAGUACAAACUGAAGAAGCAGGUCACCGAGGAGGAGAUGUUCCAGCUCCGUCUCAAGAUCAACGGCCGGGAGAGGAAGCGCAUGCACGACCUCAACCUGGCCAUGGACGGCCUGCGAGAGGUGAUGCCCUACGCACAUGGGCCGUCGGUGCGGAAGUUGUCCAAGAUUGCCACGCUGCUUCUGGCCAGGAACUACAUCCUGAUGCUCACCAGCUCCUUGGACGAGAUGAAGCGAUUGGUGGGGGAGAUUUACGGGGGGCAGCACUCAGCCUUCCACUGCGGCACCAUGGCGCACACAGGCGGGCCCGGCGGACACUCCGGUGGUCCGGCGGCAGCGGCCGCAGCGGCGGCAGCCGCCGCGCACCAGGUGCACCCUCUCCUCGGGAGCGCGCUGUCUUCCUCCACGUCCUCCACUCUGACGAGCGCGCUGCCGGGACUCACGUCCAUCAGAGCGCCCCACUCGCUGCUGAAGGCCUCCCCGGCUGCGCCCCCGGCCCUGCAGCUGGGCUCCGGCUUCCAGCACUGGGCCGGACUGCCGUGUCCCUGCACCAUCUGCCAGGUGCCUCCCCCUCCACACAUCCCCAUCACGUCCACCGGCCUCACGAGACUCACAGGGGAGGGGAAGGACGGGCUGAAAUGAUGCCCGGUGUCGGCAAACAGCCGGGACUGACACAUGUGAUGGUGUUUGUAAAUAGAGAAUUCAGGGCAUGAGGGUGAAUUUGACCUCGCUGGUGCAUGUUGUUGUUUAGUCUGUUUUCUUGUUUGGUGUAUGAGAAAAAAAAACGCGUUCAUUUCCUCCUUGUAACAAGGACUUAUAAAGACUGAAGAUUUUGCCAGUUGAUGGCAAAAAGAAAAAGUUGUGUCAUGAAACAAGAAGCCACUAACCUCCCGAGUUUGACUGAGAAGUCGGUUCACAGAGCGGUGCUGAAGUUGAAGGAGGCUGCAUGAACAUUUUGAUUUAACUCUGUAUUUUUUUUUUUUUUUUAUUAGGCGUCAUUUUGUGAAAACAAAGAAUGCUCUCUGUGCCUUGUACCAAGGAUUUUAAACUCCUCCUUUAAAAAAAUAAUGACCUUUAUGUGUUUGGAUAAAUCGAUUCAGGCACAGUGAAACAUUAGUUUUAAAAUCUAAGUUUUUAGAUUUAUUUCAGUUAUGUGGCUCAUUGUGUAUCCACCUGUGCUCUGAUUUCUCUCUGUUUUUUAUUUUUAUUUUUUAUUUUUUGCAUGAUGGUGUAAUGAUCACAGCAUGAUUGUUUUUUGCUGAACCGAAGUUGUUAUGCCCAGAGACCCCGUGUCUUUAUUUUUGUACAUUGUUGAUGACUGAUGAAAUAUUUAUUAUCACCCAGAGAGUCCCUGGAUGACAUUUCAAUAAAACUGAAAUUAUAAAUAA